AUGGCUUCAGAAAACUGCACAGCACCAACCACAUUCAUUCUGUCUGGAUUGACAGACAAUCCAAGGCUGCAGAUGCCUCUCCUCGUGGUGUUUUUAGCCAUCUACAUCACCACUUUGAUGACAAAUCUGGGUCUCACUGCAUUAAUCAGCAUAGACAUCCAGCUUCAAACACCAAUGUAUAUUUUCCUGCAAAAUCUAUCAUUCACAGAUGCUGCUUAUUCUACAGUCAUCACUCCCAAAAUGUUGGCCACGUUUUUGGAAGAAACAAAAACAAUUUCAUAUGGAGGUUGCAUUCUGCAGUACUUUAGCUUUGUUUUGUUGUCAAUCUCAGAGUGCCUGCUGCUAGCUGUGAUGGCAUAUGACCGGUAUGUGGCCAUCUGUAAACCUCUGCUUUAUACUGUCAUCAUGACCAAGGCAGUCUGGCUGAGGCUGGUGAAAGGUUUGUACUUCUUGGCCUUCCUCAACUCUCUGAUGCACACCAGUGGCUUGCUAAAACUAUCCUUUUGCUCUUCAAAUGUGCUAAACCAUUUCUUCUGUGAUAUCAGCCCACUCUUCCUGAUUUCUUCUUCCAGUACCGCUCUCAAUGAGCUGCUGGUUUUCAUUUUUGGCAGCUUGUUUAUGGUGAUCAAUAUAAUUUCCACCCUUAUCUCAUAUAUUUUCAUUAUUCUGACUGUGCUGAGGAUCCGCUCAGAUGAUGGCGGGAAGAAAAUCUUCCACACCUGUGCCUCUCACCUGACAGUCAUCACCAUUUUCUUUGGAGCCCUUACUUUUAGCUACAUCCAGCCCAGCUCCAGCUACUCAGUGGAGCAGGAGAAAAUCUCAGCAGUCUUCUACACGCUCUUGGUCCCCAUGCUGAACCCCUUGAUCUACAGCUUGAGAAACAGGAAAGUGAGGAGCAGCUUCAGAAGGACAUUUAGGGUGAGAGAGCUUUUCCACUAAUCACUGCAAGCACCUUGCAAAAUGCAAAGACAAAGCUGAGAGAAAGGACUUUGGGGUCAUGGCUCUAAAUCUCAAAAUUGAAUAGGAACAUGUAAAUGGUAUGCAUAGUGUUAUCACAUAUACUGUUCUUUUGUGGCAUGCCAAUGCCAUUCAACUAAAGCUGUUGUUUCAUAUUGUGUUGUCAUUCAUACUGUAAAUUGAAAUGAAUGUGUUAAAAUGGUCACAAGCCCCUUGUAAAAUAAUUGCUAUUAAAAAGUUGUUUGUGUACAUCUCAACUUUUUGUGGAAAGCUUAAUGGCUUUCAUAGGAAUAGAUGAAAGUGCAUUGUGUUGAAGGAGGUCUCAUCCAUGCAUUGAAGUGUUCUACCUUCAUGUGAGAAUCUAGCCAAUGUUAUCUGCCAACGUUAUUAGCAGACUACAGGAAUUGCUGUGCAAUGAGGCAUGCUGGCCAGAGAGAACACUCAGUUUGAACAAACGUGCACAGAAACAUUUAUUUCAGAUGCUUCUGCUGAGUUCCAGCUCAGUCCCUGGAACACCGGUCACACUUUGAGAACGAGCACAUUGUGAGCUCCCACCCGAGGGGACACUCGCCUGCUUCUUAAGGCUAGUGCUUUCUUACGUUUCUUGUGGGUUUGUUUUUUAUUUCCCACCCCACAAAUCUGUACAGUAAGCUGCUAGGACGUCAUGGAACAGAAUCAGCCGCCCCCCACAGGAGGCCAGCCUCUCAGCGCCGUUCCGACGGGAGCUGCAGCUUCCCUGCCGCCCUGUUCCCCGGCAGCAGCCACCGUGGAACUACACCCCCAGCAUGCCUCGCGCCCCGCUCUGCACUUUGGGAGCGGACCUGUUGCCGCGGAGCA